AUGUCUACACCCGCUGCCAAACGCCGCCGCAUUGAAGCCUCCCAAACCCUCGCGAAGCCUUUCCGCUCGCCCUUCAAAACACCAUUCAAAUCGCCAGUAAAGGCGCAGGACCGUAUCAGCUCACCAGCGCAGGGUGACUCCACACCUCUUUCUAACAAUCCGAACCCCAUCCUGUCGAAUAAGCCUCCAAAGCUCUCGGUACCAUCAGCGACGCCAACUCGAACCCCUCGUACCAAGAAGACACUCACGUCCCCCAUCUCAACAGCUGCGCUGAACGCAGACCCAGACAUUGCGCCUCUCCUCCGCGCACAGCGGGAGCUAGAGAAACACCUACGUGAGGUAAAGGAAGAGCUAGAUACAGCGGAACAAGCAAGAAACAUCGAGCUCGCGAGUCGGAAAAAUGACUCGGAUGGAGAGAUUGACGGGGAGCUAGUGGAAUUGAUUGAGAAGUGGACGAGUGCUAGUCGGCAGGCGGCAGAGGAGCUGUUCGGGAAGGUUAGGGAUAGGGUCAAUAGGAUGGGUGGCCCCAGGGCUUGGAAAGAGAUGCAGAAGAAGCAGCAAGAGUUUCAAGGCGAUUGGGAUCAAGGCGAGCAAACGAAUAAUGAUCCCGAUAAUGAAAAUGAAAAUGCAGACAAGGAUGUCGAGAAAAGAGACCUCUAUGCCGAGUAUGAUAUUGAUCCCGAGACUGAGAAUGAAAAGUCCCAGCGGGUGAAGGGCCUUGGGGAUACGGGGGAACGACCUGGAGAGGAAGAUGAAUUCACAAUGGCUAUGAUGCUUAGAACACUGAAUGUUGAUUUGGACCUCAUUGGCUAUGAUAGAGAGCAGCAACGAUGGGCGGACUAA